CAGGCAUUUCGGAUCCAAUGAUGUAGCAGAGCGACAGAGAGAGACUCUCACACGACACAGAGUUUCAAACAAAAACCGCGUAGUCUGACUCACUCGUUCUUUGGCGGAGGACGAGUCUCUACACUUUCAGAUCUCGCUCUGCUUCCUCGUUGUAGACCUACCGGAGUUUUGCAAUUUAUUUUUUUUUGUGGUUUUUCUGGAUCGAUCCCUAGGGUUUGGGAAUUCUAUCUCUCCGAAGCUCUUGCUAGCUUUCAGCAAUGGCCAAGCCCAGAUAUUCACGUCUCCCAGCUCGGAAAUCCUCAUCUUCUUCUCUCCUUCUCACCUUGUUCGUAAUGUUCACCUUCGUCAUUCUCAUUCUCGUCGCACUCGGAAUCCUCUCCGUUCCUAGCAGUUCCGGUAACUCCCACAAGGCCAACGAUCUCAGCUCAAUUGUACGGAAUAGUGUUGAUAGCGAGGAAGAUGAUGAUAGAAAGGAAAACUGGGUGGAAGUGAUCUCAUGGGAGCCAAGAGCUGUCGUUUAUCACAAUUUCUUGACAAAGGAGGAAUGUGAGUAUCUAAUCGAUCUUGCUAAGCCUCACAUGCACAAGUCAACAGUUGUUGAUAGUGAAACAGGAAAGAGUAAAGAUAGCAGGGUACGUACUAGCUCUGGAACGUUUUUGGCAAGAGGACGAGAUAAAAUUAUAAGGAACAUUGAGAAAAAAAUUGCUGAUUUCACCUUUCUACCUGUUGAAAAUGGGGAAGGACUUCAAGUUCUCCACUAUGAAGUUGGACAGAAAUACGAGCCCCACUAUGACUACUUUCUUGAUGACUACAACACCGUGAAUGGUGGUCAACGCAUGGCUACAAUUCUUAUGUACCUAUCAGAUGUUGAAGAAGGGGGUGAAACAGUAUUCCCUGCAGCCAAAGGGAAUUUUAGCUCGGUUCCUUGGUGGAACGAGCUAUCUGAAUGUGGAAAGAAGGGACUUUCUGUUAAACCUAAGAUGGGUGAUGCAUUGCUAUUCUGGAGCAUGAAGCCUGAUGCAAGCUUAGAUCCAUCAAGUUUGCAUGGUGGAUGCCCUGUGAUUAAAGGGAAUAAGUGGUCAUCUACUAAAUGGGUGCGCGUCAAUGAAUACAAAGUUUGAACUAUUGUCGUAAGGGUAAUACAAGUUGUUAUGUCACUGUUGUACCUUGUCAAAUUCGCAAGCGAUAGCACGAGGUCGAUCCGCUUCGGUUCUUAUGCGUCGUGCAGUAUACCCCUCGAGACCUCGGAAUCUGAUGUACUGCUACUGCUAUGCUAACUAACAUUUUUUGUUUUUUUGUUUUUUUUUUGUGGGGGGAUUUCAGUGCUAUUAUUGAUAGAAUAAAAAAUGAAUUCUCUUUUGGUUGUAAUUUCUACAAAGGGUGAAGAAGAAACCAAGAGUUUGUAUUUGGGUCUUUUGAUCGACAUGAGGGUGGAACUAUGUAUGGCCUGAGUGGCCCCAGCUUUUUUAAGUUCCUCUUUCGCUCUUAUAGGAUUAUAUAUAAUAAUUUAUUAUGUCAAUAAAAAAUAAACAUUUGGCCACUGUAAAGGGCAAAAAAGAAAUAUAUAUAUAUAUAAAAUAUAUUUAUAUAA